AAACAGGAAGUCAGUCAGUAAGCUGGUGGCAGCCGCCGAGGCAACACAGAGGGGGCAGACACUAGGUCGCAGAGCAGGGGCCCUCAGCUGCCCCUCAGUGGCGUGUAGGUCCUGAGGGUGGCCACUGGCCCACAGAGCAAACCCCCGCCCACCAUGGUGCCCUGCUGGAACCAUGGCAACAUCACGCGCUCCAAGGCUGAGGAGCUGCUCUCCAGGACGGGCAAGGAUGGGAGCUUCCUCGUGCGUGCCAGUGAGUCCAUCUCCCGGGCGUACGCCCUCUGUGUGCUGUAUCGGAAUUGUGUUUACACUUACAGAAUUCUGCCCAACGAAGACGAUAAGUUCACUGUUCAGGCAUCCGAGGGCGUCCCCAUGAGGUUCUUCACCAAGCUGGACCAGCUCAUUGAGUUCUACAAGAAGGAAAACAUGGGCCUGGUGACCCACCUGCAGUACCCUGUACCCCUGGAGGAGGAGGACACCGGUGACGAGCCCGAGGAGGAGACGGGUAGGCAGGGAAGUCAGGAGGCCGGGCAACUGGCUCGGCAGGGAGGUGCCUUAGGGACCACGUCCUCCAAGGAACAUGGUGGAGAAGUCCUGGAUGUUUCUCUCACCUCAAAUGCUUGCGGAGAAGACUGUGUCGAGUCUCCGCCUGAGCUGCCCCCAAGGAACAUCCCUUUGUCUGCCGGGCCCCUUGAAGCCAAGGAAGUUCCUACUGCAUGUGACAGCUCCCGGGUGCCUGAGGUCAGCAAGCCAACCCUCUCUGAAACGUUACUUCAGCGGCUGCAGAGCAUAGACACCAGCGGGCUUCCAGACGAGUAUCUUAAAGCCAUCCAAGAUUAUUUAAGCACGCAGUUUGUCCUGGAUGCUGAGUUUAUGAAGACAGGCUCCAGCAGUCUCCCUCACCUGAAGAAACUGACCAUGCUCCUAUGCAAGGAGCUUUAUGGCGAGGUCGUUCGGACCCUUCCCUCUCUGGAGUCUCUGCAGAGGCUGUUCGACCAGCAGCUCUCCCCUGGCCUCCGCCCACGUCCUCAGGUGUCUGGUGAGGCCAGUCCCAUCAACAUGGUGGCCAAGCUCAGCCAACUGACAAGUCUGCUGUCCUCUAUUGAAGAUAAGGUCAAGGCCCUGCUGCAUGAGGGUCAUGAGUGUCCCCACCGGCGCACCCUCAUCCCUCCGGUCACCUUCGAGGUAAAAUCAGAGUCCUUGGGGAUUCCUCAGAAAGUGCAGCUCAAGGUUGACGUUGAGUCUGGGAAACUGAUCAUUAAGAAGUCCAAGGAUGGCCCUGAGGACAAGUUCUACAACCACAAGAAAAUCCUGCAGCUCGUCAAGUCUCAGAAGUUUCUUAACAAGCUGGUGAUUGUGGUGGAAACAGAGAAGGAGAAGACCGUGCGGAAGGAAUACGUGUUUGCUGACUCUAAGAAGAGAGAAGGCUUCUGCCAGCUUCUCCAGCAGAUGAAGAACAAGCACUCGGAGCAGCCCGAGCCCGACAUGAUCACCAUUUUCAUCGGCACCUGGAACAUGGGUAACGCCCCCCCUCCCAAGAAGAUCACGUCCUGGUUUCUCUCCAAGGGGCAGGGAAAGACGCGGGACGACUCAGCAGACUAUAUCCCCCACGACAUCUAUGUGAUCGGCACCCAGGAGGACCCCCUGGGAGAAAAAGAGUGGCUGGAGAUCCUCAAACACUCCCUGCAGGAGAUCACCAGCAUGACCUUUAAAACGAUGGCCAUCCACACCCUGUGGAACAUCCGUAUCGUGGUGCUGGCCAAGCCGGAGCAUGAGAACCGCUUCAGCCACAUCUGCACCGACAACGUCAAGACGGGCAUCGCCAACACGCUGGGCAACAAGGGAGCCGUGGGGGUGUCCUUCAUGUUCAAUGGCACCUCCUUGGGAUUCGUUAACAGCCACUUGACUUCAGGAAGCGAAAAGAAACUCAGACGAAACCAAAACUAUAUGAACAUUCUCCGGUUUCUGGCCCUGGGAGACAAGAAACUGAGCCCCUUUAAUAUCACUCACCGUUUCACCCACCUCUUCUGGCUUGGGGAUCUCAACUACCGCUUGGAGCUGCCCGUCUCGGAGGCAGACACCAUCAUCCAGAAAAUCAAGCAGCAGCAGUAUGCAGACCUCCUGGCCCACGACCAGCUGCUCCUGGAGAGAAAAGAGCAGAAGGUUUUCCUGCACUUUGAGGAGGAAGAGAUCACAUUCGCACCGACCUACCGUUUUGAAAGACUGACUCGGGACAGAUACGCCUACACUAAGCAGAAAGCAACUGGGAUGAAGUACAACUUGCCAUCCUGGUGUGACCGGGUCCUCUGGAAGUCGUACCCACUGGUCCAUGUGGUGUGUCAGUCCUAUGGCAGUACCAGCGACAUCAUGACGAGUGACCACAGCCCUGUCUUUGCCACAUUUGAGGCAGGGGUUACCUCCCAGUUUGUCUCCAAGAAUGGCCCUGGGACUGUGGACAGCCAAGGGCAGAUUGAGUUUCUCAGCUGCUUCGCCACACUGAAGACCAAGUCCCAGACCAAAUUCUACCUUGAGUUCCACUCCAGCUGCUUGGAGAGCUUUGUCAAGAGUCAGGAAGGAGAAAACGAAGAAGGCAGCGAAGGGGAGCUGUUGGUGAAGUUUGGCGAGACCCUUCCAAAGCUGAAGCCCAUUAUCUCUGACCCUGAGUACCUGCUGGACCAGCAUAUCCUGAUCAGCAUUAAGUCCUCUGACAGUGACGAAUCCUACGGCGAGGGCUGCGUUGCCCUCCGGUUAGAGGCUAAGGAAACCCAGUUCCCCAUCUACACGCCUCUCACCCACCACGGAGAGAUGACGGGACACUUCCAGGGGGAGAUUAAGCUGCAGACGUCCCAAGGCAAGACGAGAGAGAAGCUCUAUGACUUCGUGAAGACAGAGAGGGAUGAGGUCAUUGGGCCCAAGGGUCUGAAGAGCUUCACCAGCCAUGAUCCCAUGAAGCUGUGGGAACCUGCCAACAGGGCCCCACUGUGCAGUGGCCCCAGCAUCACCGAGAUCAUUAACCCCAACUACAUGGGUGUGGGGCCCUUUGGGCCACCGAUGUCCCUGCAUGGGAAGCAGGCCAUCUCCCCUGAGCAGCAGCCCGCAGCCUGGAACUACGACCCACUGCCCAAGGACGCCUCCCUUGGGCCCGGAAAGGGGGAGAGUCCUCCAACACCACCCUCGCAACAGCCCGUAUCACCCAAGAAGUUUUCAUCCUCUCCAGCUGGUUGGGGCCCCUGCCUCAGGACACAGGAGUCAAGGCCCAGCGAUUUGGGGAAGAACAUGGCCGAGCCCCCGCUCCAGGAGAACCUGCAGCUGAAGAAGCCGGAGAUGUUUGAGAACCCGCUGUACGGGUCUGUGAGCUCUUUCCCUAAGCCGGUGCCCAGGAAAGAGCAGGAAUCCCCCAAGAUGCUGAGGAAGGAGCCCCCACCCUGCCCGGACCCCGGUAUCUCCUCACCCGCCAUCCUGCUCACCAAAGCCCAGGAGGCCGACAGCUCCAAGGGGACCAGCAAACAGGUCCCCACGCCCCGGCUCCGCUCCUUCACCUGCACGUCCUCCACCACAGAGGGCGGAGCGGCAGCCGGCGGGGAAAAGAACCAAGGGAAGCCCAAGCCCGCGGCCAGCUCCCUGGCGCCCGUGCCGGCCAAGAGGCCCGUGAAGCCUUCCAGGUCGGAGAUAAGCCAGCAGAUCCCCCCCGCGCCCACGCAGCAACGCCCGCCCCUGCCCGUCAAAAGCCCGGCCGUGCUGCAGCUGCAGCACUCCAAGGGCCGCGACUACCGCGACAGCGCCGAGCUCCCGCACCAAGGCAAGCACCGGCCCGAGGAGGGGCCGCUCGGCAGGACCGCCAUGCAGGUGCGCGCAGUGAAGCCCUUGGGAGCCGCCAGCAAGACAUGGAGCCCAGAGGAGCAGUAAGCAGCCCAGCAGACCCCUGCCGGGACCUUCUGCCAGCUGCUCCUACUGCUUCAUCACAAGGCUUCCUGGUUGUCCAGAGCGGGACUAGCUUCUUUCCCUGUGGUCCAUGGAACCGCUGGCUGUGAAGUGUGGCGUGAGGUCUAGGCUGGAAGGGAGCGAGCACCCUGGGUUCCAGCUUGACCUCGGUACUUGGGACCCAGGAGCGCUAUCCUGGUCGCCAUUUCGAAGCAAGAAUCUAGAGUGCAGAUUCGAAGGUUGGGGUAUCGAUACCUAAUAAUAAUAAUAUUAAUAAUAAUAAUAAUGGCUGCAUGUACUGAGCACCCACUCUGUGCCAGUACCACGCUAAGUGCUUUUUGAACAUUUUGUCAGGACAGCCUCAGCGUUGCGUCUCCCUCAUCAACUAAACCCAAAUUUCCAAACCCAUCAUUUCAAAAUGGGUGUCUAUCCAGAGUGGUUCGGACAAAGCAUUAAAAGGGCCAUUGUCCUUUGGGAGUGAGGCAAGGUCCUGACCUUUGGGGAGCUGAAGAGUCUCAGUGGUUCAUUUCAGGUUCAGUGAAGCUGGCCAGGCUAGCGUCAGCAAUGCAAACUGCUUUGCCUAAAGCCUCAGCAGCUCUGGCUCAGCAGAAGCCUAGAGCAGGCAUCUCCCUGGCUUCCCUCAGUUCAUCAGCCAGAGGAGAAAGAAACUCAGUCAGCAUCUACACUUCUGUGGAAAGGUCCAGCCUUGACCCGGGGCUAGAGAUCCCAGGCCCACUUGGUGGCAUGGAUUGGCCCAGGGCCUCCUACACAGAUGUCUGAGUGCUAAUGGAGGAGUCUUAGCUGUUGUUCCCGAAAGCUGUGUUCUCCAGCCUGGCUGCCAGGGAGGGUGGGCCGCUCGGUUCCAGGCUCUAGAAACAGGGCAGCCUUUUCUUCUUCCCGAAAUCCGUCUUUUGGCCCUGCUUCCUCGGUUAUUAAGAGAAUAGACUGGAGAUGUGUUUUCUUGUUUUGUUUUUUAAAGUAACAGACUUAUUGUAAGAAACAGAACCUGGGUGUGUGGGUGUGCAGGAGAACAAGGCGCCAUAUUACCACAGGUGUCAGUCUGUGUAACCAAUAAAUUGUACCUUUCUUUACUCGGCGCCCACCCGUGUGGUGUUUUUCUGCUGAUAUUCAGAGCCACAAGCAUGUUUCUAGGAUGUCGGGUCUGGAGCUCAGUAGCACCUCUCUCUAUCCAGAGAUGAUCUCCCAUUGAGAGGUAUGAGCCACAGGCUUUCCUUCUGAGGGCUUCCGGAAAGUCUGGAGGUAUCUGGACCCCACUGUUCCAUUACAGUCUUGGGUCCUGAGAAGGUGGGUCCUUUAUCCUCCCACCCUACAGGUGCUCGCUGUGGGGGCUGUGGUUAGGGACUCCCCUGCAGCAGUUGGGGGUCUCCCAGUAGAACAGGAAGCCAACUGCUGUGGUCCUUCACCGCCCUCUGUUCUCAGUCCUCUCUUCCAAGGUUACCACCGUGGAGCACACAUUCAGGGCUUGCUGAUGGCUACUGGACUCAAUCCCUACCCACUUCUUGAAUGUCCCCCAGUCUCCUGGUCUCUCCCUGCCCACCUCACCCCACUCCACAGCACACAUGAGCACUCAACAGAAGCACAGACAGCUUCUGCAGUCCAAGGGUGUGACCAUAUAAUAAAGACAUCAUCAUCCUUGUACUUCUGUCCUUGGUGUCUCAUGGUCUGAAAAGACACCAAAUGGGAAGAAUAUGCUCGAGGUAAAGAAGUUGUUGUCUCUGCUGUUAGCUAUGCCGGUAUAUCAGCUGGCUAUUGCUGUGUAACAAAUGCAGCAAAAUUUAGCAGUUUCCAACAA